AUGUCGCCCACAGUGACACCGACACUGUCCCUCUCAUCAGGAGCUGUGGACAUGUUGACACCACACAGUGAAUCCAACAAGGACCUGGAAGGUCCUAGGCUGCUGGAUGUGGGGAAGGAGGAGGACCAGGAGGAGGCUCCUCCUCCCUGCAGGCCCCUCCCACAACUCUGCUCCAUCCCCAGGAGACUGGUCAUCUCCCCGGGCCUCGGAGGGUCGCCGGUCACCCCGCAGCUGACAGAGAGUCUGAGAAGGAUCCUGUUUGGGGGAACGUUUCACGUCUUCAACUACGAGUGGAGGAAAUCUGUCUUCCAGUUCAGAGAGCCGAACUCUGAGCUGUCCUACGCUCUGGAGACAGACAGGGGCGGGGCUCGGGCCAUACAGAUGGUUGUCCAGGCUCGAAUCAUCAAACACCUGCUGUUCAUCCGGCAGAGCGGCUCAGACAGACAGACGCUUCUGUGUGUAGGACAGAAGGACCAGGACAGGGCACUGGCGGCGGCGUUGUCCGACAGCCUCUGGUUGGCCGGCCAGGAGGUCAGCGCCACCGUUACCUUGGUAAACGAAGACUACUGCAUCACACCUCACCUGGACUACAAACAGGACAACUUCACAGAGAAGCUGCAGCUGUUCACGUUCAACAAGAAGGACGACAUGAAGAUGUUCAUCCUGGAUCAUCUGCAGUGUUUUAAAGAGGAAGGAAGUCAUGGAGUCAUCCUCUUCCUGUACAGCCUCAUCUGCUCCCGCACAGUCGACAGGCUGAAGAAGGACCUGGACUCCGCCCCCUCACACCUGCUGCACCUCAGUCUGGGAAACUUUGUCUGCCAUCAGGCUCUGCUGAACCUGUUGCUGACAGGUAAGGCCAGUCCCCACGUCUUUAAUGGGACUCUAUACUUCGGGGAGGACGGACGUCCUCUGGAGCAUCCCCUGCAGGGUGUCCUGUCCCGCAGUGAUGUGGGAUAUUUACACUGGAGCCGAGAGCAGAUGGAGACAGGCAGACUAUUGCAGGUGGGCAGCAUGCUUAAGACACCCCGGUACCCGGUGUGGCUCUGCUGUAUCAACAGCAGCUUCUCGGUGGUCUUCAGUCUGGACCGCUCGCUGCUCUCUGAUUGGAGGACGGAGCACCUGUUCCACCUGUUCUACUACAACGGACAGACAUCCCAGAGGACCAUGGCCAGACUGACUGUAGAUACUCACUCUCACCACUGGGAGGCGUCCUGCAGACCCUCAGACCUGGACCCUGAGAGGAGGUUCCCCUCGCUGGAGAUGACCCUCUGGACCAAGUGGGAUGGAGCCGUCAUCGACUGGGGUGGGACCACACCGUUCUACUGA